ACCCAGACGUUGAUGGUGACCGUGACACCAACGUUAACCUUCAAACCUCUUCGUCUUCCCUAACACCAUCGGAGGGAAAUUCUCAAUUUUGAAAUCACAGAAAAAUCCAAAAACCUGAAAUCAAAUCAAGACGAAAUAUGCUUCUCUGUAACCUCGAUCACUCCUCCUCGGACUCGGAUCCAAUGGAGGCAACUAAUUCGGAUCCCGGAUCCUACCCAAUUCCGCCCGCUUCAGUCCACCUCUCACCCUUCGCUCCUCCUCCCUCUGCUCGUCUCCACUUCAUCACGCGUCGCACACAGCCGCUUCUAUCGUCUCGUUACAGCAACUCUCUCCAGGGCUUGCUCGAUGAGGCCACCUCGGCGCGAUCCGUCUCCGGCGGCGGCAGAUUGAGCCGAGAUGAAACUCUAGCGUGGGAGCUCUUCACCCCUUACCAGAGGCUCAUGAUCGUGGCGGUUAUCGGCGCCGCCGCCGCUGAGUCGAAGAAGAACGGUGUGAUUCGGCAGCUCCAGAAGUCGGUUGAUCUCAGGGACGAGGUUCUUACAGGCAUGCAACAGAAGCUUGAUGAUCUGUGUCAGCAGCUAAGUCUUGUCAAGGAUCUGCCUGGAGAUGGAUCUAAUGUCUCCUCAGAUCAUGAUCAUGAUGAUGAUGAUGAUCUGCAAUCAAAGUUUAAAGAGAAGUUUAGAUCUGAGAAUCUUAAAUUUGUAGAUUGUGGUUGCUGGCUAUGUGAUCAACAUCAUCCCUCUUCACCUGCUAUACAGGAUAAAGCUCCCACAACAGAGCUGGUGGUUGACGCAGAGCAAGAAGAAAGGCGUAUGUCUUACUUGUCAGAUUGGUGUUCUAGUGUCACUUCUGCUGCUGAACUCCAUUUUGAUAAUCUUUCACUCGACCAAGACAUGCUCUCUCUCAGAAAAGAGUGUCAGGAGAAAGAUGCAACAAUAAAGGACUUAACUUCAUUUCUUCAGUUAACCAACAAAGCUUGUUCCAAACGAGAAACAGAGCUUGAAGAGAUUGUUCGCAGGAAGAAAACAAUUAUCAAGAAGCUCAAGAGGGACGUACUUGUGUUAGAAGACAAGGUCACACAGCUCACUAGGCUCCAGAGGUCUUCCUAUUCAGCUGCAGCCUCAAAUACCUUUGAAUUCCCAAUGAGAGUGGACAAUCUUCUUUACGAUAUGGAUUUUUCUACAGCUUCCUCAUCCUCUGAUUCAGAUGCUCCUGCAAACACACCUCGACGAACUUCGUUGGAGGAUGCUCCAGUUGUUUCCAUCAAGGAGGAGGAACCCUCAGCUUUGGAACAAACCCAUAAAUCCGCCCCAGCUAAAUCCAUGGCUUCACUUGUGAAAUCUGUGAAGCCGCCUUCAGUAGUUAGUCCAUUGACUACCACUACUCGGAAGCCUGUUGCAGCUUCUUCUUCUUCUGCUUCUUCUUCAAGGAUGCGAGGGGCUUCUUCUGCUGGUGAUUCAAAGAAACAUAGAAGGCCAGUUCAGGUUGCCCCUAGAGCUUCUUCCUCUAGUUCACAGAAGAGAUGGGUUUAGUAAAUUUUGUCCUACCAGUAAAUAUCAUUUGCCAUUUCUGAGAGAAAAUUAAAAAAAAAUGUUAAUUUGUAGCUAAAAGCCUAAAAGAAUGAUGUAUUCUAUUAACUACAUUUUCAUGAUGAAUAUCAACAACUCUCAAAACUGA